AUGUCUGACGAGCACAAGGAAACCGUCGUCGAGCACUCGGCCGACUCCAAGGAGUUUGCCCACAGUGUUGACGACGUCUACAAUGGCAGCACCGGCGGCUCCCCCGCCCGUCCCGCCGGCUGGAUGUACAAGGGCUACACGCCCUUUGGCCGCAAAUUUGAGCUCUGGUACGCCUCGCCCAAGGUCCAGCUGCUCAUGAUUUCCAUGGUCUGCUUCCUCUGCCCCGGCAUGUUCAACGCCCUCAACGGUCUCGGUGGCGGUGGUCUCCCCGACGACAAGGCCUACGUCGGUGCCAACUGCAACGUCGCCCUCUACUCUACCUUUGCCGUCUUUGGCUUCUUUGCUGGUACCAUUACCAACCGUCUUGGUCUUCGCCCUGCUCUCGCUUUCGGUGGCGUCGGCUACUGCCUCUACGCCGCCUCCUUCCUCAGCUACAAGCACACUGCCAACGAGGGCUUUGUCUACUUUGCUGGUGCUUUCCUCGGUGUCUGCGCUGGUAUCCUCUGGUGCGCUCAGGGAGCCAUUAUGAUGGCCUAUCCUCGCGAAGAAGUCAAGGGCCGUUAUAUUUCCGUUUUCUGGAUCAUUUUCAACUUUGGUGGUGUCAUUGGAUCUCUUAUUCCUCUUGCCCAGGCCGCCAAUGACAAGUUUUCCAACCAGGCCUCCGAUGGUGUCUACGUUGCUUUCAUCAUUCUCAUGGUCAUCGGUGCUGCCCUUUCCUUCUGCCUCUGCAACGCCGACAAGGUUGUCCGUGAGGAUGGCAGCAAGGUCAUUAUCAUGAAGAACCCUACCUGGGCCUCUGAGCUUAAGGGUCUCUGGGAGACCUUGUACCAGCAGCCCUGGAUUCUUCUGCUCUUCCCCAUGUUCUUCUGCUCCAACAUCUUCUACACGUACCAAAACAACGGCGUCAACGCUGUUGCCUUCAACGCCCGUACCCGAGCUCUCAAUGGUCUCCUCUACUGGCUUGCACAGAUCGUUGCUGCUGUCAUCAACGGCUUCGCUCUCGAUUACAAGGGCCUUAGCCGCUCUACCCGCGCUCGUCUUUCUCUUGCCUUCCUCAUUGCCUGUACCUUUGGUAUCUGGGGUGGCGGUUGGGCCUGGCAGAAGGAUCAGCCUACCCGUGAAUACUACAAGGAUCACAAGGAUCAGGCCAAGCUUGACUGGUCCGAUGGUGGCAAGUUCCUGGGCCCCAUGUUCCUGUACUUCUUUUACGGCAUGUACGACGCCAUCUGGCAGACCAGCAUCUACUGGUACAUGGGUGCUCUGUCCAACUCUGGUCGCAAGGCUGCCAACCUGGCUGGUUUCUACAAGGGUAUUCAGUCUGCCGGUGCCGCCAUCUUCUGGCGGCUGGAUGGCAUGCAGCUGCCUUUCGACACCAUCUUCGGUGCCACCUGGGGUUGCCUCGCCGCUUCUCUUCUCAUUGCUGCUCCCGUCAUUGUCAUGCGCAUCCAGGAUCACGUCUCUGUCGAGGAGGACCUCAAGUUCUCCGACGAGACGAUUGAGGAUGUUACUGUCGUCCCCGAGAAGCGCAUUGAUGGUGAGGCUUAA